UACCAGUACCACCGCGGCUUCUUCUUUUCCCAGAAACAGGAAGGCGAGGGUUCGAUUUGGAAGCAGCAUGGCGGCGACCGUGAUGAACCCGCUUCUGGAUCCCGGUACCCAACCCCGGAAGCAGCGGAUUCUAGCCCACCUGCAACCCCCAUUCCUCCCCCUGUUCGCUCCUCCGCCGCGGCCCGGUGCCGAUGCCACCGCGGAGGCUGGAUCUGGCGAGACGCGCAUGCGGAGGAGGAGGAGCAGCACCUUGAGUGACUAUUUCCGGUCCGAUGGCUUCGUCGAUUCGGUUGCGGUUGAUGGGAAACGACACGACGAGUCUCCCGUCGCCGAAGGGGAUCCGUUCGUCGGUGGUGAAAGGGAAGAGUUUAGUAGAGACGAUGUGGAAGAUGGGGGCUUUUGGAGCCCUCGUGAUACCAAUAUUAUCGCGAGCUGCUCCAGAAGUUUGGGGACCUCGACACCACACUCCGAGUUCUAUGAUGCCGUCGAAGAUUUCGGAUCAGAUAGUUUUCUUUCACGGUCAUCAUCUCCUUCCUCAAUCUCGAAGAACGAAAGCGAAUCCCAUGACCUGCGUCUCGGUCUCUCUGAAGAGAUCGAGAAACGCAAAACGGCAGAGGCGGCCCUUUUACAGAUGCAGAGGCAGUGGCAGAGAUUGGCAGAGAUGUUCUCUCGAUUCGGCGUUUCACUUCCUGCAAUCGAAAAAUAUAAUGGUGUUCUGUAUGAUUUAGAUUUUGCACAAAUUCCGCAAGCUAUUAUAUCAGCAAAAUCCGCUUCCGAAGCUAUCGCAAGUGUUAUUGGUGCUGAAGCUGCUGCAGAUAUGGAAGCAAUUCUUGAGGCAAAGAACCGUGAUGUGUCUCGCUUGCAAAAUCGAGUCAAUUACUAUCUGACUAUGAACCGUGAGAUGUCGUUGAGGAAUCAAGAACUUGCCUAUUUAUCGUCGCUGAAACGUGAAAAGAGAAGAAAAAAGUAUCGAUGGAUUUGGAGCUGUUUGGGCUUAUCAUUUAUUAUCGGGUCCUCGCUGCUUGUUUCUUCCUAUUCUGAUUACAAUUGUACUGAUUUAUUCUCAAUGGUUUAUCACGAUAAUUUUGUAGAAACAAGGUUAUCAUCACACAAUAGUCUAGACUAAAGAUUCUGAUGGCUUGACAAUUGUAUUAGAUUUUGUAUAGUUUGCCUUAAGAGUGUAGUUUUUAAGUGGAA